UUGCCCAGCUGAACGCCGACCGACCCUGAUAUUCACCCCGCUAGUGUCGAGCAGCUCGAGCUUACUCUCUCCCCAACAAACAUCUUCUCUCCUUUCUCAGUCAUCUGUUCAUCAUGCCCGGACUUGUUGAACAGCUAGACGGUGGCAUCUCCGAGCUGCUGGCCGGCUGGAAUGUCUACACCUCGUUCCUGCUCGCCAGCCUCCUCGGCUUCGUAGGCUGGGUCAUCUACGACACAGCGGACGCUGAUACACACCCACUGCUGCUCGCAAGACAGGCACAAGCUUCGUAUGUGAGGCAGCCGGGAGAAUCCGCCAUCUUCCGGUCACCCGAGACUCCCCAUGGCUACGCUCUCCGCACCGGGCUUGCCGUGAAGCCUCCAGGCUCCCCCAUGUAUUCUGCAGGCAAAGAUGGUGACCUUCGUGAUAUCUGGCGACGCGUUACGGGCGAGAUUCCUCUCGAGAAGAAGGCAAGCUCUGGCGGCACGGCCACCAUCAUGACCGUCUACGGGAAGGAGGACAUCGAAGAGCACAACGUGGCUGGCCUCUCGACCGAGAUUGCCACAAUUGGCAGGCACAUGCAGGAUAGAGGAGCCAAAAGGGUCGCCAUAUACUUGCCCAACAGUAUCGAGUUCCUGGCCGCAUUGUUCGCGGGUGCUUUCUAUGGCUUCACACCCAUUCUGAUCCCUUACAACCAACCACACCCUACCCUCGUCGAACUCCUUCUUCAUACUGGUGCUGACUCCCUGAUCGCCCAAGCUGGCUCGAUCCCACUUGCUGACGUCAGCCGAGCGGUUCCGGGCUUGCGCCAAAUCAUCUGGACCGUGGAGAAGACGAGCAGGCACAUGGACUGGAGUGAAGUGCCCGAGGGAAUUGGUGGCAACAUCGACGUCUCUGUAUGGCAUCAGCUGGUGCAGGAUCAGGCCAGCAGCUCAUUCCAAUUGCCUUCCAACAGCGACAAGGCGCCGAAUGUCGUCUUUCUUUGGCAAGAGGCCGCUGGCAAGCCUGCGGAGAUUGUCGAGUUCACUCAGCAGAACCUGGCUGCGGCUACCGGCGCACUCAUCACCGCUCUGCCUUCAAUGCACCGAAUCACCGCUUCAGACACAUUCCUCCCUGCCGAUGCUUUCACACACUCUUACAGCUUGUGUCUAACUCUUGCUGCCCUUUUCUCGCACGCAACAGUCGUCAUCAACUCCGUAGCAGGUCCUGGCGUUGAUCUGACUCUGGCUACCCGAACCAUCGCCCCUACGAUUACCGUCAUCUCCGCAGAAACUGCUGCAAAGCUUCAUAACACGACCACUACCACAAUCACAAGCGGAUUGAAGAAGCUCGCCCACUACCUUGAAACUCGCAUGCUCAUGUCUGGCCGACUGCCCACCGACAACUUCUUGACCAAACUGAAUGCACCCACUAGAGCUGCCAUUGGCACCACUCCAGGAAAGCUGCGUCUUGUUUUUGUUUCCGAGAGGGCUGGCCUCAAUUCACCCCCACUAAACUCAGAUGAAUUGUCCGAUUUGCGCAUCUACACCAAGGCGCGCGUCGUAUACGCCUUGACAGCUGCCACAGUUGCUGGAGCCAUUGCACAAACGAACGUGUACGAUUACCGACGCGAGGAUAAACCUUCGACCAAACACAGUCACUUCGGCGUGCCUUUGGGUUGCGUGGAGGUGAAAUUGAAGGACACUGCCAGUUACAAGACUACUGACGAGCAGUCUAUGGGAGAAUUGCUUGUUACUGGAUCGUCGGUAGCGGGUGGUGUGGCAUCUUUGGGUGUUCACGCGACCAUUCGCGACGACCAUACAUUAGCUUAUGUAUAAAAACAAUUACACGAGG